AUGCAUUUGGGAAUCGAUCUUAGUUCCCGCUUCUUUGCGGCCCAGCACCCACAGGCCAGUGCCACACCACCUACAACUAUCGAAGAUAGAUCCAGCUCCGGAUCAACUACCGACCCUGGGGCAUCCUGUACCGAUACCUCGGUUAGGAACCAGGUUAUGGAGCUUGCGGACUCUGAUGAGGAGUCAAGUUGGGAUGAAACAGCCACUCUUCCUGAUGUGGCCACCUCAAUUCGAAUGAUUGGGAACUGUACAAAGGAAGUGUAUCCACUGACUCGCAAUGUUUCUUUGUUUGACGUGUCCAACGCCUCGGAUAACCCGUCCGUAGCUUCAGAAUGUGUGCAAAUAUGGUCUGACGAGGACGACAAUGGUAGUCAAGAGCCGCCUUCGGCCUCCAUGCCUGCUUAUGGGGCUUCUCUUGCGGUAUGGAAAGAUGUUCUGUCUGAUCCCAGAUCGUCUAUUUGGAAAGGUCGGGCUGGUGCUAAAGUAGCUGUUGUUUUGCAAAAGAGCAACACGAACAAAGAGAGGGUGGACAAAGGACCGACUCUUCACGUUUUAUCCGUCUCGGAGGAGAAUGCCAUUGCUGGAAGGAAGGAUCAACCCUCGAAGGGGGUAUCGACGUCGAGGGAUCGGACAGAGAGUCGUCUAUGGCAUGGUGGAGGUGGGUUCGAUUUCCUGGUCGUUGUCUGAUGUGGUCUGCAAGCUGCAGCCAGUGCCUAGUUCUGAUUAGCAAUUGUCGUUGGUGCUUUGAUGGAGGGGUGUGCUCUUCCUAGAUGGUAGGGUUACUCCUCUAUGAAGUUAUCCCUGGUGUCCUUAAGUGAAGCCUCAUGAUAGGGUUUGAGAGAUAAAUCUUCAACUGUCUUAAUCUAAGGACGAGCUCGCCGACGGCGUCGGUGUAUCCUUUCUCCUUAGCUUGGAGUCGCGUUAGUCAGUGCUUGCUCGCUUGCAAGUGGCCCUCAACGGUGGUCUGCCGACAUAUAGGAAUUUC